AUGCUUCAAAAAACGGACGAGGCUUUAUACGCUGCUGAACAAGGAAGAGCACAAGCCUUGCUAGACGCUUUGCAAAUAAAAUAUGGCUUCGCAUCAUUUCCGAGGUCUAAUAAAUCUGAAGAAGAGGUUACAAACCCUUCAAGAAAAAUAUCUACUUUGACAGCUUUUCUUGCAAUAAAAAAUGAAACCAUAAAUAUAUGGGUAUUGGGAAAGGAAAGCAACGCUGUAUUCAGGCAAGCAAAGUUAACAAGUGAAAGUGUACACGAAGAUUCAUCCGCUGUUCUUUUGGAAGCUGUUUUGAAAAACAUUGGUGCUGGGGUCGAUGUAAGAUGCGAGAAUCGGUCAUUGGAUAAGGUAAGCGACAAUCAACAGAAUCCAGCUCCUAGUACUCGAGGCGAUGAUCGAAUAUUGCAGCCGUCAUACACGAAUACCGACUGGUUACAGCCACUAUAUGAUGUUGUUAUUGGUCCCAUUGAAGACUUGCUUAAUUGUGAUGAACUUAUUGUAGUCCCUGAUGGUGCUUUGUCGUUAGCUCCAUGGGCAGCCCUAAGUGAAUCUCUAAGGAUUCGCACUGUUCCCUCACUUUCAAUUUUGAAGCUGAUCACUGAUUGUUCCGCUGAUCACCACGCUAAAGAUGGAGUCCUGCUUGUUGGAGAUCCAAGUCUGGAGAAAGUUACAAAUAAACGGGGUAAGCCCAUUUACAAGCAACUUAAUUACGCAAGAAAGGAAGUGGAGAUGAUUGGAGCAAUCCUAAACAGCCAAUCUCUUACAGGAGAAGCUGCAACAAAACAGGAGGUGCUUAAAAGAAUAGAGUCAGUCGCUUUAGUUCACAUUGCAGCCAGCGCAAGAAAGGAAAAUGGUGAAAUUGCCUUGGCUCCAAACCCCGGUUGGAAAUCAAAGAAUCCUACCCCUAUGGAAGAGGAUUAUAUUUUGAAGAUGUCUGAUAUUCAAGCUACUGAGUUGAGAGCGAGGCUGGUUGUGCUUAGUUGUUGCCAUAGUGGUAAAGGAGAAGUUAACUCCGAAGGCGUCGUCGGUAUGGCGCGGGCUUUCUUGUUUGCCGGUGCUCGUUCUGUGCUAGUGUCACUCUGGGCAAUCGAUGACAAAGCCACAGUGGAGUUUAUGAAAAGUUUCUACCAACACCUGAGAGCUGGCGAAAGCGCUAGUUAUGCUCUUCAGAAGGCCAUGAAAUGUCUCCGCGACUCGGGAACCUUUUCUGCCCCAAAGUACUGGGCUCCAUUUGUGCUGAUUGGCGAUGACGUUACAAUUCAAUUUGAUGAAAACCAUUGAAAACGUAAGUAAUUUUUUUUGCUUUGUAUUUUUAAGGUCUUCAGAACAGAAUUCGAAAAUGGCAAAAUUAAGGAAAUUUGCCGACAAAGCCACCAAGUCUGCCGAAUGUUACGAGAAACGUUGGAUAGAUUUCGGCGAACGUUUCCCAAUUUUAGGCCAUAUAAAAACCUGUGCUUACUUUUUCCUUACCAAAAGCCGAUUCUGAACUUCUUCCAGCAAAGAUUCCAAACCUUUACAAAAGCAUUGCUAUCGCAAUGACCCACUGCAUUACCAGUCGUCAACAGUUCAGUCAUAAAUAGAUCUGAAAUGGGAAUUGAAAACUAGAAAACUUCUUUCAGAUUAAGGACUUUCGAUUUAUCCUUGAAUUGAAAAAAUGGUUUGGAAUAGCUUAUGGAACAAAUAAUAAUGAUAAUAAUAGUAAUAAUAUAACGAUAAAAAUGUUGAUGACGAUGACGAUGACCACGACAACGACGAUGACGGUGACGAUGACGAUAAUUAUGAAGAUGAUAAUGAUGAUAAUGUUAACAGAGGCAAACGAAAUUUUUUCACCUUGAGCCAGGAUACAUGCAAAAAGCGGCAAGCUAGGAACUGCUUUUGCAUUUUUUAUUCGUUUGAGCUCAAACUUUGCAGGAUGGUAGAACUCUGUAUUCCAAAAAAUCCUAUGUUAUUUGUUUUACGAUUUUCGCGGUUUUUGGUGGGAAAAUGACGUCACAAGAUUGACAGCAAAAUUGAAAUUUCAAGACAUGGCAAAAAAAUAAAUAAUUUUGAAAGAACGUGACGUGAUAGAAACAAAUGUGAAAAAAAUUUUCGGAAAACCUCAAUUGCUUUAGGAGAUAUAGUAUCUUCAAAUGUCCUUAUGUUUCUAAAAAUAGUAACAAAAUGGCGGGAAAUUCAAAAAUCAAAGCUUAAUAACUCUUUAACCAAUUGAGUUAAUUGAGUCAUUCAGCAAAUGUUACCUAAUGCUAACACUUUCACCGUAAUAAUACAAUAAGUACAAUAAGUACUACUACAACUAAAGCAGUUAUUUCUCAAAGUGUGUUGAUGCAUUAAGGUGGCUCCGUAGUUAAUACAAGAGCAUUUAGCUGUGACAAAUUUUCCGUCAUAACUUUUUCGUUUUUAACGCGAUGGCUGCGAAACUUCGCAAAGAACAACAGAUAUCAUUCGGCAAUAAUAAUAAAUAUUCCGAUUUCAUAAAUGGUAAAUAUUUCUUGAGAAAUUAGCGCUUAAAAGGACCCUACUGUUCAAAGAAAAUCGCGUCUAGUAAAAAAUUUUGCUGAUAUUUUUUACUGAAAUUUCUGGAAUCGGCUUUAAUUGAUAUAAUAAAUAUGCCAGAGGAAUUUCAGAAAAAUCGUUGGAGCAGAAGUCCAUAACUAAAAGUCGCUCAAAAUUCAGCUGUGAAAUUGUUUUGGAAUUUCAAAAAUAAAUUACCAUCAGGACGAAGGAGCCACCAGUUUGAAUUUUCGGGACAAGUAAAUUCAACGUUUGCUAAUUCUUAAAACAAGAGCCGAUUGCCUAUCUUACUAUUCUUUAAAAGGUACUUUUUAGUUUUAGAGGCACUGUAAAUUGCUCCAAACCUUGCUCUGAAGUAGAAUGAUUUGUUCUUCGACAUUUUUAAAAUAUCCCUUGGCAGUUUUGGCUCAAACUCCUGCUGCAUACAUUUUGAUGUAUUGCAAUGCAUUUUCAACGGCUUUUACUGCUGUUCGUUGCUUCCAACUCAGGAAAAAAGUAUUGAGAUUGGACGCUACCUCGCAUCAGAGCUCAGAUAGAACUGUCCAGCACCUUUGUUUAUGACUACAAAAUGAGCACGGGCGGCGGUUCUGCGAGGAAUUCGCACCUCACCCAGGGGGGACGAACGACCACGAUGACCAUGCCUGUGAACCGAAUAACAUCACAGUGCAAAAUAAAAUUAUCGCAAAAAUACUGCCUGUGAUUAAAUUUACAACUCUGAAAUUUUAGUCACUCCUUCCUUCAAUGAAUGGGUAUUUUUUUUCUUGAUUAUUAUGUUUUGCUCUACAGUACAUGUUUAUACAGAUCGGUUCACAGACAUGGGGAUCAUUGUCAUUCGUCCCCCCUGGAUGAGGUGCGAAUUCCUCGCAGAACCGCCGCCCGUGUUCAUUUUGUAGUCAUAAACAAAGCUGCUGGACAGUUCUAUCUGAGCUCUGAUGCGAGGUAGCGUCCAAUCUCAAUACUUUUUUCCUGAGUUGGAAGCAACGAACAGCAGUAAAAGCCGUUGAAAAUGCAUUGCAAUACAUCAAAAUGUAUGCAGCAGGAGUUUGAGCCAAAACUGCCAAGGGAUAUUUUAAAAAUGUCGAAGAACAAGUCAUUCUACUUCAGAGCAAGGUUUGGAGCAAUUUAUAGUGCCUCUAAAACUAAAAAGUACCUUUUAAAGAAUAGUACGAUAGGCAAUCGGCUCUUGUUUUAAGAAUUAGCAAACGUUGAAUUUACUUGUCCCGAAAAUUCAAACUGGUGGCUCCUUCUUCCUGAUGGUAAUUUAUUUUUGAAAUUCCAAAACAAUUUCACAGCUGAAUUUUGAGCGACUUUUAGUUACGGACUUCUGCUCCAACGAUUUUUCUGAAAUUCCUCUGGCAUAUUUAUUAUAUCAAUUAAAGCCGAUUCCAGAAAUUUCAGUAAAAAAUAUCAGCAAAAUUUUUUACUAGACGCGAUUUUCUUUGAACAGUAGGGUCCUUUUAAGCGCUAAUUUCUCAAGAAAUAUUUACCAUCAAUGAAAUCGGAAUAUUUCGUAUUAUUGCCGAAUGAUAUCUGUUGUUCUUUGCAAAGUUUCGCAGCCAUCGCGUUAAAAACCAAAAAGUUAUGACGGAAAAUUUGUCACAGCUAAAUGCUCUUGUAUUAAUUACGGAGCCAUGCACCUUAAAUAUGUCUUUAUUUUCAGGGUCGCACAAAGUGUUUGAUGUCAAAGAAACUAUGCGUGUAUGUAACACAAAAAGGACUUUGCUUCCCUGCGAGCAGAGGUUUCUUUCUGAUGUGGCAUUUAACGUAUAUGAAGUAGUUGGUGUCGCUUGGCAGUUGUGUAGU